AUGCGGGCUUCUAUCAUUCUCGUUGCCGUCCCGGGAGCUUUGUCCCUCCCGUUGCCAAUCUACCGCACCGGUAUCGUAGAUACAAGCCCUCUCACUCAACCAUAUCAGCCACCAGAUUCAAAUGAAGCUGGUGGUAGCAUCGGGUCCACCAAACCUUUGAAAAAUCCAACGAUCCCUCUCCCUCCAGACGGCAUGUACGGUCUUCCGUACGUUGAGCGACCUAAACCAAAGGUCCAUGCCAAUCCAAUGAUGGCGGUCGACCCGGUUACUGUUGUUUACGUCCCGACGACUGCCUAUGCCCUCCCUCAAGUCGCUGUCGGAACCGCCAUCGUUGAGUAG